AUGAAUGCGAAAUCGCGAAGCGCCAUCGUUGCGCAAGCGAUUCGAGAGCAGGCUAGGGCCGCUGCAGGGAGACUGGAGAACGGAUCAGCAACACUGCUGCAAGAAGAGUCCGGCACCAUCUUCCUCGUGCCCGUGACUGUAGGCGGGCAGCAAUUCGACGUCGUCCUCGACACCGGCAGCAGUGACCCCUGGCUCAUCACGCCCAACUUUACCUGCGUCGACAUCUACACCAACACGCCCAUCAACGAAAGCUACUGCUACUUCGGCCCGCCGUACAGCCAGGAAAAAUCCAGCACCUACCACCCGCUGCCCAACGAGAACAUGAACGUCUCGUACUCCGACGGCGAGUUUCUCACCGGCUCAAUGGGCUACGAGACCUUCACUAUGGGCGGCAUCACCGUUCCCAAACAGGAGUUCGGACUGAUCAACUACGCCGGCUGGCUGGGCGACGGCGUCUCCUCGGGCCUCAUAGGCUUCGCUUACAGCACCAUCACCUCCGCCUACAACGGCACGAACGCGACCGCCGACGUCCGAGGCGACACAAUCAAGUACAACCCUCUCUUCACCAACAUGUGGGAGUCCAACACCACCGCCCCCAUCUUCGCGCUCGCCCUCGACCGCACCCCUCCCAGCGGCGGCCUCCUCUCCCUCGGCGGGCUGCCCUCCAUCCCGCACUCGCCCAUCUACAUCACAACGCCCAUCCAGAGCGUAGGCGUGUACGCCAACAGCCACAUCCCCGUGUACGAGUACUACACCAUCGUCGCCGACGGGUUCGCCCUGUCCAACGAUUCAGGCGUGAUUUUCGGGCCCGUGAACACCACCUCGCCACGCAAAACCCCGCUCUACGAAGCAGGCGAUGUGAUCGUCGACUCCGGCACCUCCCUCCUGUACGCCCCCAACAACGUGGCAAACGCCUUCGCAGCCGCCUUCGACCCUCCAGCAACGCUAGACGACAGCACGGGUCUGCUGAACGUAGCGUGCACAGGCACGCCGCCGAUUUUCGGCGUCAGCGUGGGCGGCAAGGUGUUUUACGUCAACCCCGUCGAUCUGAUUAUCGAGGAGGAUGUGGAUCAGUGUAUCAGCGGGGUGCAGCCUAGCAAUGGCGGGCUGACGAUUCUGGGGGAUGUGUGGAUGAAGAAUGUGGUGGUGGUGCAUGACAUUGCGGCGGAGGUGAUGGGGUUUAUGGCGAGAGAGUUUUUAAAUUUGACGGCGAGUCCGGUGGUUGCGCCGGGGUAUUAA